AUGGAAGAAUUGUGUGAUGAGUAUAGCGAUAAAAUAAGCGAUCGUCAUUAUUUCCCGACAAAAACCGAUGUGCGAACCCUCUGGAGAAGUAACUUUAGACAGCAAUAUGGAGAGCGUAGUGGUCCAGAAAUGUUAAAGAAGUUGGAAGAUGUUUUAACUUCGGAAAAUGAAAGAAAUGGGACAUUGUUCAAAAGAUUCGAGACGAGAUUCCAUAAUGUGAAAAUGGAUAUGACGAGCAGUAGAAGAAGUGUGAACUUCUCGGAAGAAGAAAUUGCUGCACUGACUGCAUUUGUAGAAACCUACAAGCACAUUUUGGAAAAUAAUAAAACUGAUGCAGUUACAACGAAAAAAAAGGAUGCUAUGUGGGAAAUAGCAUCUGAAUGGGCAGGAGUCUAG